GAAAUAGAUGUGUGGAAAGAGAGAGAGAGAAGGGACUUUGUUUUUAAAUUUAUUUUCAAAUUUAUUUUGGAUAAUGAUUAGUGAGUCAGAGAGCUGGGUUAGGGCGGUGUGAGUAUGGGGGGAGCUCACUUUCAGAGAGAAUGCCAUGUCACAUAGGCAGGUGUGUGAAACCACCACCGUUAUAUGUCAGCGCAUGCGUUAGUCAUCAGCUCUCUGUAACUUCUCUCAUUUUAAAGAACUGGUUAGGUAGGUCUCACCAUCUGAGACAGACAGAGAGAGAGAGACAGUGUGUGUGUGUGCGCGCAGUCUGCCCAGUGGAGGUACAGAGGGGAGACAGAAAGAAAGCAACAUUACUUUCUCUUUGCAAGUCACACAGGUGCCUCUCUUGAACGAGAGAGAGAGAGAAUAGAGAGAAGGAGAGAAGGGCUGGUCAACAAACCAGUCUGUCCCCCUCUCUCACUGGUGCAAGAGAACAGCUGCAUCUCAAAAAAAAGAAUUGAACCUUUGCGAAUACAAACCGGAGACGUGAUGCCCCGGGCUUUUCUGGUGAAGAUUCGGAGUGACACUCUGAGGUCUCGGAGCUGGGGAGAGAUACCUGAUCAAAUGAGGGCAGAUAUUUACAUACCGCACCCUCUGGAUGUGAUUCAAUACCGAGAGAGUGAAAUCGAUGUGUCACCCCUGUGUCUUUCUGUGGAGGAGAACGCUGAGAAGGAAUCGUCCUACGAUACAGACUCCAGUACAUCUGCACAGGACACUGAAAGUAGAACCCACAAUGCCCACCAGGGAUUCACACGCUCCAAGAUAAAGGUCACCCGGGGGACGUGUUCGGACCCACUAUUCAGCUGCCUAUUUUGCCAGAAGACCUUCCAGUACCAGCGCAUGCUCAACAGGCACCUGAAAUGCCACAAUGAUGUCAAACGCCAUCUCUGCAACUUCUGUGGCAAAGGCUUCAACGACACAUUUGACCUUAAGCGACAUGUACGAACACACACAGGGAUCCGCCCGUAUAAAUGUCACAUGUGUGAGAAGGCCUUUACUCAACGCUGCUCACUUGAGUCGCACCUGAAAAAGAUUCAUGGAGUACACCAGUCGUAUGCCUACAAGGAGAGGCGAACAAAGCUGUAUGUCUGUGAGGAGUGUGGGUUCACAGCUGAGAGCCAGGACUGUCACCUCGUCCACCUGAAGGAGGAACAUCCCAACAGCCCGCUCCUGCGCAAAGCCUCAAAGAAAGCAGCAGGCAUGAAGGAAAGCUCCCUACCGGAGACACUCAGCAUGUAAUCUCUGAUCUCCUUCAACCCCCCUCUUCUCCAGUAACCUCUCUCUGUCAUUGCCACAGGGCCCUCGGGCAGUGGGGCUAACUGGUCCAAAACCCCCUCCACCCUGCUCACUGCGAUGGCACAGGGGUUAGUCCUGCUGCCUCACAGCGCCAGGGACCCGGGUUCGAUCCCCACCCUCGAGUGACUGUCUGUGUGGAGUUUGCAUAUUCUCCCUGUAUCUGUGUGGGUUUCCUCCGGAUGCUCCGGUUUCCUCCCACAGUAGGUUAGGGUGGGUUGGCUGUGGGAAAUUGUCCCGUAGUGCCCAGGGAUGUGCAGGUUAGGGUGGGUUGGCCGUGCUAAAUUGUCCCGUAGUGUCCAGGGAUGUGCAGGUUCGGGUGGAUUGGCCGUGCUAAAUUGUCCCAUAGUGCCCAGGGAUGUGCGGGUUUGGGUGGGUUGGCCGUGCUAAA